AUGUUGGUGUUUGUGAUCAGACUCGUCCUUGUCUUGCGCGUCACCUCAGCUUGGCCUUCUCUCGGCAGCCAGGACAAUCAUUUUAUUUCCGGAAAUGAAACGGAGGAAGUCCGCUCUGCGGCCAUAAAGAGGCUUUUGGAGGUUUUUGGAAUGGAGGACCCCCCUGCGGUCCAUGGACACAAGCAGCCACCUCAGUACAUGCUGGAUCUGUACAACACGGUUGCUGAUGUGGACGGUGUGACCAAAGAUCCGUAUGUUCUGGAGGGGAAUACUGUGCGCAGUUUCUUUGACAAAUUGCACAGUGAACAGGUGGAGUUCAGGUUCAAUUUGUCAGUGGUUGCAAGAACAGAGAAGGUUCUCACUGCAGAGCUCCAUCUGUUCAAGCUGCGCCCCCAGGUCACCCUGACACCCAGCAGACAUCACUUCUGUCAGGUCAGUGUCUACCAGCUCCUGGACAGCAGUACCACCAGCAAACAGGGGAGGAAGCUGCUGUCCUUUCGGCUUGUCCCUGUCCACUCCACCGGUUGGGAAGUGUUCACGAUCACACAAGCUGUCAGCUCCUGGAUGCAGGAUGAGGGCAGUAACCUGGGGCUCCAUGUGGUGGUUCGGUGUCUAGGAGGAAGCCAGGUGGACCUGAACCUGAUCCGCUUCGCUUCAGGGCGGCACCAUCAUCAGAGCAAGCAGCCCAUGCUGGUUCUCUUCACUGAUGAUGGUCGCCGCUCUGCUACACUUGAGAGUACAAAUCCACAUGAGGUCAUUAGCACCUCCAUCCUCCCUCAGAUCCCCACUUCAGCCUCACCGCCACGCAGCGCUCGCUCCCUGGACCACAUUGAUGAAGAAGGCAGACUGAAGCCCUGCCAGCACCUGCCUCUGUACGUGGACUUUGAGGAGAUCGGCUGGUCGGGCUGGAUCGUGUCUCCCAAGGGUUACAACGCUUAUCACUGCAAGGGCUCCUGCUCCUUCCCUCUGGGUCAGAACAUGAGACCAACCAACCACGCCACCGUCCAGUCCAUCAUCAACGCCCUGAAGCUGAUCCGAGGCAUCCAGACGCCGUGCUGCGUGCCCGACAAGCUGUUUUCCAUCAACUUGCUCUACUUUGAUGAGGAUGAGAACGUGGUUCUGAAACAGUAUAACGACAUGGUGGCUGGAAGCUGCGGCUGCCACUGA